AUGAAUGUUCUGUUUCUCCAUAAUUGUUUCUUCUCUAACUCACAAUCACAACAGUUACUUUGUACAUAUAAUAUCUAUAUAAAAUGCGGUACUAGUUUGAGUAGCUUCGGAAAUCAAUUGGACAUCAACAAUGCAUUUUUGCAUGAAGAAUUAGAUGAGGAGACUUUGGAUAGUUGGUUUAAAAUAAAAGAUCUUGGUCCUUUGAGAUUCUUUCUUGGUCUUGAAGUUGCUCGUACCAAGGAUGGUAUUUCCCUAAACCAAAGAAAAUACACUUUAGAAUUACUUAAUGAUAGUGGUACACUUGCUGCUAAACCUGCCACAACACCAUGUAACCCUCCCACUAAGCUCACCAAUGAAGGUAGCCCUCCUUACUCUGAUAAUUCUGCUUACAGAAGACUUGUUGGUAGGCUUCUUUAUCUUACUCAUAUCAGGCCAGAUAUAGCUUUUUCGGUUCAGCAGCUUAGUCAAUAUGUUUCUCAACCUCUUGAAUCUCAUUUUCAUGCUGCAAACCGUGUGCUCAGGUAUCUCAAAUCUGCCCCUUCUCAAGGACUUUUCUUCCCUGCCUCUAACUCUCUACACUUAUCUGGUUUUGCCGAUUCUGAUUGGUCCUGCUGUUUGGAUACUAGAAAAUCCAUUACUGGAUACUGUGUGUUUCUUGGUUCUGCACUUGUUUCCUGGAAAUCUAAGAAACAAUCCACUGUUUCCCGAUCCUCCUCUGAAGCAGAAUACAGGGCAUUAGCUAGCUUAUCUUGUGAGAUUCAAUGGCUUCACUAUCUCCUUGCUGACUUACACAUUCCCAUAACAUCCCCUUCUUCGGUUUAUUGUGACAAUGUUUCAGCAAUCUAUCUUACUCAUAACCCUACUUUUCAUGAGCGCACCAAACAUAUAGAGAUUGAUUGUCAUGUGAUUAGAUAG